CUCGCCGGACUUUUCCCAGGCUCGCCCUCCUCCCCCACGCCCCCUGCUCGGGCUGCGGUUCCUAUAGGAAGGGCAUUACCAUCCCUUCCCCACCCACCCAGAGUGUACGCUCUUUCCCCUCCCCCUCCUGUAACUUCCUCUUCUUCCCCGGUUGGGCCCUCUGCUCCUCUGCACUCUCCUCCCCAGUUCGCAGAUUUCCGCCCACCUUCCGCCUGGUCUAGCCGCGCCGCAGCUAGCGGGGUGAUCUUUUCCCCCACUCUAGUAGGAGUUGGUGAAGGUGAGACUCAUGAGGGAAUACAAGGUAGUGGUGUUAGGGAGCGGAGGGGUUGGCAAAUCUGCCCUUACUGUGCAGUUUGUCACUGGGACUUUCAUUGAGAAAUAUGACCCCACCAUUGAAGAUUUCUACCGCAAAGAGAUCGAAGUGGACUCUUCCCCCUCCGUGCUGGAAAUUCUGGACACCGCAGGAACUGAGCAGUUUGCCUCUAUGAGAGAUCUCUACAUCAAAAACGGCCAAGGUUUCAUCCUGGUUUAUAGCCUGGUUAAUCAACAGUCUUUUCAGGAUAUCAAGCCAAUGAGAGAUCAAAUUGUCAGAGUGAAGAGAUAUGAAAAAGUCCCACUAAUCCUAGUAGGAAAUAAAGUGGAUCUGGAACCAGAAAGAGAGGUUAUGUCUUCAGAAGGCAGAGCUCUGGCUCAAGAAUGGGGCUGUCCUUUUAUGGAGACAUCGGCAAAAAGUAAAUCAAUGGUGGAUGAACUUUUUGCUGAGAUCGUCAGGCAAAUGAACUAUUCAUCGCUGCCCGAGAAGCAAGAUCAGUGUUGUACAACUUGCGUUGUCCAGUAAAAAAGAUAACCUCAAUCAUGGCCAUACCGAGCAG